UUUGACGUUUCCGACUGUCCGCCCUGCCUACCCGGAGUUCGCGGCAGAAUGCAGCCGCUCUCCACUGUUGCUCUUAUAUAACUUAAACGUGCGUGUCAAGCUCGUAGGCCACUUUAUGGGGGACUUUUAGAGGAACCGUUGGGCUCGCCUUUGGAUUUCUUUUCCUCCCACCCCCUGCUUCUACGAGAAAAGUCGAGCGAGGUAUUUCUGGCUUCGGAUCGCUUCGACCUUGUUUACUUUAGUUACCAAAUAGUUGCUGCCAAACGGGGAAUAUUUGCUCGAGAUUUAAGGAGGAGCGUUGUCUUUUUCAUCAUUAUUUUUGCUGUGUCACCUGCGUGGAAUGUCUUUUAUUCCACGGCUCCCCCGCGCCGACUUUGCGUCACUCCUCGUUGUCUCUCAUUGAGUUUUGACAGGACAUGACCUAAAACGGAGGUCUGCAUCCCUCUCCAAACCAGCAGAUAACAAAAUGGACCAGGGCAUCUUGAAGUGCAACAGUAAUCGAGACGACUCCCUGACAUUCAUAGAGUUGGGAACCGGAGAAUGCAAAGAGGCAGCUGACGCCACUGGUUCCCUGCUCUCCGCGCUCCACCCCAUUUCCCCAAAUGGGGGAGGAACCAAAGACCAGCUGGAGCCCGGAAGCCUCCUCGACUCCCACCAGCAGCGUCAGGCCCUGUUCGAAGGGUCGAACACAAAUGAUCAGAAAAUGGUCAGAAUAGAGAAACGGCAGCAGGAUGUCGGUGUGUUUAACAUUGAGGAGGAUUUGGCACUGCUGAGCCAAAAUAUUGCCGAUCUGGACAACGUGUCCUCGUCUGUCAUCAACACCUCCGUCCUGGGAAACCUUCCUCUUCCUGACCUUUUCCCCCAGCACAUCAAACAGGAAGUAGACUUCUCCCUGGAUAAAGAAUUGGGAUCUUACGGAGGACUUCCCUCCGCAACUUCCUGUGAUUUGACAGGCGGCACUCGCCUGAUUGAAGACAGUGAGCUUUGGAAAGACCUGGACCUUCCGGGAUCCCUGCCAGAGAUCAGCGACUUUGAGCUGGAUUCCGAAGUGGCUCACUUGGAUAACAUCCUGCACGACGACGGCAGACCUGUCGGAGGCUUGCCAAAAGCCACGCAAGUGCUUACGGGCAAUGGCGGGAACUGUUAUGCUAAUGGCACCGGCCAGCAGCAUCAUAACAUGCUCCACCCUCCUCAUCAGCAGCAUCACCUUCUUCAGCACCAAGUUCAGCACCAAGUUCACCCCCAGCAUCAGCAGCCCGCAUCCCUUCUCUCAAGCGUCGUCAUCAAAGAAGAGAACCCCGACAAUCCUUUCGCCCACAUCCGUACUCCCAGUAUGGUCAAGCAGGAGAAGCAGGAGCCUGUGUUCUGCCAGGCACAGUGUCUCCAGGGAGGCAUGGGUUCGGUUCAUUUAGGAGCCCCGAUGUCCUCGUCGAUGAGCGUGGACGCGGCUGGCUAUCGCUGCAGAACCAACGCUCCCUCCACUAUGGGUCAACAACCCCGGGAGCCCUUUGCCAUGCACUCAAACCUGUCCUCGUUGGGGGAGAGCUGGAUGCGAGGGGACGGGUAUGGCGAGUCCACCGCGAUUCAAAGGACUAAUGAUGGGCUUCCCAACACGUCGAUGUUGAUGUCAUACCCGCUCAGCUUCUCCAGCUCAACACCCAGAGCAGGAGCAGAGUCCAACAGUUCUGUCGUGCCGGGUCAAUCGAAACCCAACGGGCAGACCCACAAAGUGUGUUUGGUGUGUUCGGACGAAGCCUCCGGAUGCCACUACGGGGUGGUCACGUGCGGCAGCUGCAAGGUUUUCUUCAAGAGGGCCGUGGAAGGAUGGAGAGCACGACAAAAGAGUGAUGGCCAGCACAACUACCUGUGCGCAGGAAGGAAUGACUGCAUCAUCGAUAAGAUCCGCAGGAAAAACUGCCCAGCCUGCCGCUUCCGCAAAUGCCUUCAAGCUGGAAUGAAUUUGGAAGCGAGGAAGAACAAGAAGCUGAAGAGGAGAGAGCAGCAGAGCAUCCGAGCGCUGGAGCCCGCCGUCCCCGCCAUGCCCGUGCCGGUCAUCCCCGCCUGCAUGCCCCAGCUGGUGCCCGCCAUGCUGUCAGUGCUCAAGGCCAUCGAGCCCGAGAUCAUCUACUCGGGCUACGACGGAACGCUGCCCGACACGUCGUCGCGCCUGAUGAGCACGCUCAACAAGCUCGGAGGGCAGCAGGUCAUCUCGGCCGUCAAGUGGGCCAAGUCGCUGCCAGGCUUCCGUAACCUGCACCUGGACGACCAGAUGACGUUGUUGCAGUGCUCGUGGCUCUUCCUCAUGUCCUUCAAUCUGGGCUGGAGGUCGUACAAGCAGUGCAACGGGAGCAUGCUCUGCUUCGCCCCCGACCUCAUCAUCAACCAAGAACGGAUGAAGCUUCCCUACAUGACGGAGCAGUGCGAGCAGAUGCUGAAGAUCUGCAUGGAGUUUGUGCGUCUGGAAGUGUCCUACGACGAGUACCUGUGCAUGAAAGUACUGCUGCUUCUCAGCACAGUGCCAAAAGACGGGCUGAAGAGUCAGGCGGUGUUCGACGAGAUCCGCAUGACGUACAUCAAAGAGCUGGGAAAAGCCAUCGUCAAGCGAGAGGAGAACACCAGCCAGAACUGGCAACGCUUCUACCAGCUGACUAAGCUACUGGACUCCAUGCAGGGGAUGGUGGAGGAUCUCCUCCACAUUUGCUUCUACACAUUCAUGAACAAGACGCUGAGUGUGGAGUUCCCCGAGAUGCUGGCGGAGAUCAUCACCAACCAGAUACCAAAAGUCAAAGACGGCAGCGUCAAGCAGCUCCUCUUUCAUCAGAAGUGAGCGCCGUCGGGCAUACAAGCCAUGCCUUAAAAAAAAAAAGCUCCCCCACCACCGACCCUUCGCUAGACUGCCACAUCCUUGCUCAGGUUUGACAACCGCCUGUCCAUUUGGAUCCACAGAGGAAAUAUUUUUGAUAUCAGCCUCCCCCGAGACUGAACGGUGUUCAAUUUGGUGGUCACACGCUUUCACCGCCGACAGCUAAAAACAGUCAUGUGUCGAUCACGCCCCCCCCCCCCAUCACCCGCCGCCGACCCUCAGAAUGUAACGUGUCAACUAUGUGAUUAAUUCUUUUUCCUCUGCGUGUAUAUAAUAUACCCCGAACUGCUUUCAGCUUGUAACAAGCCACAAAACACAGUAACUGAAAAAAGAAAAAAAAAAAAUUCCUCUUGUCGUAUUGCACACACACUCGCUUUUAAGCCAAUUCAGCAACAGCACGUACAAGUGAGAAGGGAAACCAGUGCCUUUCAGCUCCAAAUGCUCUUCAUAUCCGUUCAAUUUGGGUGCUUUCUUUUUCUCUUUCUUUGACACGCUAAACUUUGCCCCCAACUUUUCACCGCGUGAAAACAUCACUUAAAAAAUACUUCACUUAAACAAAUGCAAACAUCACAUACACAGUCGUGUUUUUUUUUUUCCUCGGAUCAUAUAGUAUCGCAUAUUAUGGUGGGGAAUCUAUCAUGAAUCAUAAUAUUUCACAAGAAAUAAGUAAUUUUCAUGAAAAA